AUGGUGUUGAACGGAAUGACCAUUCCUAUGUCCAUGCCCGUGCCCGUGCCAGUGCCAGUGCCCAGUCCUCCGGCCACCAAAUCCCGUGUCCAGAUCGACUGGGACAUCAAUGACUCAAAGAUGCCGACGGUAGCGGAGUUUGACGAGUUCAACGACUGGGCGAAUGGCCACUGUCGCCUCAUCUACGGCCACCAGAGCGACGAGGCCCGGAAGCACGCCAGCGGCUGGGCCAUGCGCAACACCAACAACCACAACGUGAACAUCCUGAAGAAGAGCUGCCUCGGGGUGCUCCUCUGCAGCGCCAAGUGCAAGCUCCCCAACGGCGCCAGCGUCCACCUGCGGCCCGCCAUCUGCGACAAGGCGCGCCGCAAGCAGCAGGGCAAACAGUGCCCCAAUAGAAACUGCAACGGACGGCUGGAGAUCCAGGCCUGCCGCGGCCACUGCGGCUACCCCGUCACGCACUUCUGGCGGCGGGACGGCAACGGGAUAUACUUCCAGGCGAAGGGCACCCACGACCAUCCGCGGCCCGAGGCCAAGGGCUCCACGGAGGCGCGCCGCCUGCUCGCCGGCGGCAGACGCGUCCGCAGCCUGGCCGUGAUGCUGGCCCGGGAUGCGGCCCUCAGCGACAAGCUCUGCAGCCUGAGGCCCAGCAAGCGACAGGCCAAGACACAGCUCCUCCAGGAGACAGCCAGCAAGCGGAAGAGGAUGGAGGUGCCGCAGGCGCCCAGUCAGGAGCUCCAGGGAGCCACAGCCACCACCGCCGCCGCCUAUCUGUCCACAUCCACUCCCAUUCCCAGCUUGAAGUUCGACCAGCAGAGCGGCUAUCCGGCGGGCAAUGGCAGCCAGUGGUGUGGAGGGGAUCUGUACACCACCUACGCAGGAAAGCAGGAGGCCGGAGCAGGCGCCUACGACAAUGGGAUGUACAACGGCUACAGCAUGCUGCACUCCCCGCUCUCCUCGCACAGCUCCACCGGCAGCUACUACCAGGAGAACCUCCAGCAGCACCAGCACCAGCAUCAGCAGCAGCAUCAAGUGCAGUUGCAGCUUCCCUCCGUCCAGGAGACGAUGAAUGUCAACUACGAGCCCGCGAUGCCCGCCAGCUAUCCGUGUGGCAUGCCCCUGUACGAGAGCUGCGACGACACCUCCAGCCUCACGAGCAGCAGCGGCUACAGCUCCGAGGACUACAGCUACUUGAAUGGGUAUAAUCUGCCUGGAUCGGGAUCGGGACUGGGAUCUGGAUCCCUGGAUGUCAGCGGAGGAGCAGUCAGCGGCCACAAUCCCUCCGCCCAGGAUAGCUUCUACACGACCAGCUCCGAGAUCUUCAGUGUCUUCGAGUCGACGCUGAACGAUGCGGGAGUGUUCUACGACGAGGCAGCCGCCUACCAGCAGACGAGCUACCACCAGCAGCAACAACAGCAGCAGCAGCACCAGCAGCAGGACGCAGCAGCGGACUACUACUACAGCAACACGGGAGUGGACAACGUGUGGAACAUCCAGAUGGACGCCGCGAGUGCGUACCAUCCGAGCACAGCAGGAGCGGGAGCAGCGCCAACGGAUCCCAUCUAUUGCUAG